ACAAAAAGACAAUAUUUUCGUACUUUCCUCGAAACUGCGAUUAUUUGCAAGUAAAUAGUGAUAUUAAUUUAAAUUAAUCAAAAAUAUUACCCUGCACUGCUUCUAGUUCAUCAUAUAGAAUGAAAACACUUCUGUUUAAAUAAGAAUGCUUUUCCGGAAAAUCUUUAGUACCUCCAAACCAAAGGUAUCGGAUGUGCUGACGGCCUAUUUGAAACAGUGCAAUGAACCACCUUGGACAUCAUACUUCAUCAAGUAUCGCGACGUGCAGAACGAUCACUUCGGCCGGUCUCACUUUAACUGGACGCUGGACACGGGCACAAACUACCACAUCCUGCGAACCGGAUGCUACCCAUACAUGAAGUACCACUGCACCAAGCGACCCCACCAGGACCUCAGCGUGGAGGACAAUUUUUUCAAGUUCAUCAAAGUGAUUAACCUAGGACUGCCUCAGCUGGGGUACGGAUUCGCGGCGAGGUUCCUCAUCCGGCACGUUGAAUGGGUCGACAUGGGAGAGAAGUACGGAAAAGUGCCCAUUUAUUUCCUCUACGAAGAGGACAAGGGGUCGGAAUAUUAG